AUAAAAAAUAGUUCAGUGCUAAAUUUAAAGAUUACAAAAGCUUUAAUGCUAAAUUGGAAAUUUAUUUACUUAUACCACGUGGAAAAUUUUCUUGUAACCUUAAAUAAUUCUGUACACAAAAGUAACAAUGCCAAAAGUUCGCAGAAGUAAAAAGUCACCGCCAGAAGGAUGGGAUCUGAUUGAGCCAACGUUGGAGGAACUGGAAUCCAAAAUGAGGGAAGCUGAAACAGAAACUCAUGAAGGUAAAAGAAUACAUGAGUCACUAUGGCCAGUUUUCAAAGUUCAUCAUCAAAAGUCUAGGUACAUAUACGAUCUCUUUUACCAGAGAAAAGCUAUAAGCAGAGAAUUAUAUGACUAUUGUGUGAACGAAAAAAUUGCUGACAAAAAUCUCAUUUCCAAGUGGAAGAAAACUGGGUACGAAAAUUUGUGUUGUCUUCGAUGCAUCCAAACGAGAGAUACUAAUUUUAAAACAAACUGUAUUUGUCGAGUUCCUAAAGGGAAGUUGGAAGAAGGUAGAGUCGUAGAAUGCAUACAUUGUGGUUGUCGAGGAUGUUCAGGUUGAAUGAGUC